AUGUCGAGAUUUUUCCAGCAACUAUCAUCCAGUGAAUCUGACUCUUCUGAAGAGGAAAAGUACGAAUCCUCUUCUGAAGAAGAAUCUUCUGAAGAAGAAUCCUCCGAAGAAGAAUCUGAAGAAGAAUCUGACGAAGAUGAAAGCGAUUCCGAGAGCGACAGUGACUCGGAAAAGGGUGGCAACAAGGCUAGCUCCUUCCUUAAGUCUAAGUCUAAAUUUUUAAAGGGCGCCGAGAGUGACUCCGAAUCCGAGUCUGAAGACGAGUCCAAGCGUGUGGUCAAAUCAGCCAAGGACAAGCUUUUGGACGAAAUUGACACCAUUAUCAAGGCCAUCGACAAUGCUAAAAAGAUCAAUGACUGGAAUGCCAUCAGUACCGACUUUGACAAGCUGAUUAAGAGUGUUGAAAAGGUCACUAAGCAGUUCGGCAUUACUCCUAAGCAAUACGUCAAGGCUGUUGCCGACCUUGAAGACUUCGCCAUUGAGACUACCAAGACUCAAAAGGCUUCCAAGAAGAAGAUGAAUGCAUCCAACACUAAGGCACACUCUUCUACUACUCAGAAAGUCAAGAAGAACAACCGUACCAUUGAGAAGCUUAUUUCUUCUUACAGAGCUGACCCUGAAGCAUUCUUGAGUGCUCCCGAAGCUGCCGGUACUACUCUUGUUCAGCCCAAGAAUAUUAAGAUUACCACCUCCUUCAACGUUCCCUCCACCCAGGCUGAGGACGAUGACUCUGGCUUUACCACAGUUGGUAAGCUUUCCGGUGAUGCUUUCGCCACCCUUAUUUCUAUUGUUGAAAGCCGUGGUAAGAAGGGUGUUGAUAAGGAAAAGCAGGUUUCUGAGUUGGAGUCUCUGUUAAAGUCUACUCAGGAUACAUAUCUUCAGAUUAUUAUCCUUCUGAGACUGAUCCCUAUCAAGUUUGACCUUGCUCCCUCUGGUCAUGCUGCUCCCAUUAAUGUCUGGAAUGAGGCAAGAGAUUACACCACUCAGCUUCUGGACAUUCUUGAGAACAAUGCUUCUAAGUACCAGCUUUCUGAUUCUGCUCCUGAGCCUGAAGAUCUGGAGAAGGGUCUCCCUCCUAGAGAAGAUGGUGUCCAAGAGAUUCCCGGCAGCAUUGUUUCGCUUGUUGAGCGACUAGAUGAUGAGUUCACCAGAUCUCUUUUGGAGAUUGACCCCCACACCACUGAGUAUGUUGAUCGUCUCCGUGAUGAGAAUAGCUUGUACACCCUCAUCAUCCGAUCCCAAAUCUACCUCGAAAACACUUCUAAGGUUUCUGUCGACCAAUACGAAUCCAUCUCUCGCAUCAUUUCCAGAAGAGUCGACCACAUUUACUUCAAGCCCAAUACUGCUGUUAUUGCUGGUGAGAAGGCUGCUUGGUCUGUUCUUGAUGCUAAACUUGAUUCUAAGAUUACUCCUAGAAUUCAGGAUGAGGUUUCUGAUGAGUUCGUUAUUGAUCUUGUGAGCAGACUUUGCUCUAUUCUUUACAAGCAGCCCAACACUUUGUUCCGUACCCGUGCCAUGCUUUGCCAUAUCUACAACUUCGCCCUGAACGAUAUGUACUACAAGGCCAGAGAUCUGAUGCUCAUGUGCCAUCUCCAAACCAACAUUCACGGCAAUGAAAUCCCCAUUCUUAUUUUGUUCAACCGAACACUUAUUCAGAUUGGUCUCUGUGCUUUCAGAAAAGGUCUUAUUGCCGAGUGCCAGCAAACUCUUUCCGAUGUCAUUCUAUCUCCCCGAUUAAAGGAGCUUCUGGGUCAGGGUGUCGCUAAGGCUUCCACCACCACAACCACAGAAGGAAAGCAGAGAAUGCUGCCCUUCCACAUGCACAUCAACUUGGAGUUUUUGGAGUGCAUCAACCUCACUGCUUCUCUUCUUAUUGAGAUUCCUGCCAUUGCUGCUUCCGAGAACCAAAUCGACGGCAAGAAGGUUGUUUCCAGAAACUUCAGAAGAAUGCUCGACAACAGCUCUAGACAGGUCUUCACUGGCCCCCCAGAGAACACCCGUGACCAUAUUAUGCACGCCGCCCGUGCUCUCUUGGACUGUGAGUGGACCAAGGCUCGCGAUUUACUGAACACAAUCAAGAUCUGGAAUCUUCUUCCUAAGCCCGAGGAAAUAAAGGCCAUGCUUGCUGAGAAGCUCCAAGUCGAGGGUCUCCGAACAUAUCUUUUCCGAUAUGGCUCUACCUACCAGUCUCUUUCUUUCUCCAUACUUUCUACUUUGUUUGAUCUUCCUGAAAGACGUGUCUACGCUAUCAUUUCCAAGAUGAUUGCUAACGAGGAGAUUGAUGCUGCUCUUGACCAGAAGACCGACUCUGUUAUUUUCAGACAAGGCGUCGAUCUUUCUCGCCUCCAAACACUGGCUCUUUCUCUUUCUGAGAAGGCUGUCCAGCUUGUGGAGAGAAAUGAGCGUCUUGCUGCCGGUGGCCACCAGCUCACUGAAACCACAAAGACUGCUUCUAACGCCACCCCUAACUCCAACUCUAAUGCCAACUCCAAUAACACCCAGUCUAGACAAUCCGCUGGUGGCAGAAAUGACAAUAGACGUGGACAGCAGGGCCAGGGUAAGCAACGUUAG